AUGGCAGUGGCAAUGGCUUCACCGCAGUCGCGUUUCGACUUACCGGGUUUCUCGUUACCCCUGAACUUCACCCCAGGGACGGUGUUCAAUGAUGAGAUUACUGCCAAAUGGCGUAAGGAAAUUCAGGACAGCGGGGAAGAUGUCAGCGAGCGAAUGUUAGAGUGGAUCAUCAAAGAAGCGCAGUGGAAAGCUGGGGUCUUCCAAGAUACCAAGCACAUCGUCGCAUUUGACGUGGGUGUUGUCAAAUCCGAUGUUGCCAUAUCGGAGGAAUUACGGCAGGCUCUCAUAGAGGCCGUCCGUCCCCUGGAGGAGCUUCCCGAGGAGCAGAAGGACUACCAUCCUGGAACGGACGAUAAGGUAGUUGACCUGGUUCAUCCGUCGUUAUUUCCUGUGAUAUACGGCCGAACGCGCAUCCUGCCAGACCAGCUCAUCAGUCUCGAAGCCUUUGCAAACCACAUCGGUGAGGGCGAAGUGCUUUCUGUCCGCCCAAAGCAGGAGUGUGUCACGAAGCAGAGUGAUUACGACUACUGGUACCAGAGGCGCCCUCAUCGACCCUACAGCCUCAAGUUUCAAUGGCUCCCUUGUGACGUCCACUUUGGACCAAACGAUGAAUGUCGGAUUGCAUCGUACAUCAACAAUCUACAUCCCCAGCGACACCCAGGCCUGUACCAAGUCAUCGAAAGGAUUCUGGCGAAGACCAUCCCUAUGUGGAACACAACCCUGAGUCUCUUGGAAAAUGAUUAUAAACGCAUUGGAUACUAUGAAGUUGCGUAUGAGGACCAUCCAGAACCCGAGCCGGAGGCGGCGGACGAGGAUGAAGAGGAUGACGACGAAUUCUGCGAGAAACACUGGGAAUGGCAACGGAGUCAGCCCAUCAAACGACCAGAACCAGGAAACUUUGUCCCGAACCCUUUUUACAACCAGGUCAACCUCCGCAAGGAAUACGCCGAGCGAGGACUCCAGGUGAUUGUCAAGCUGGCGAACAUCGAGCUGACGCCAGAGAAACCCCAGUAUGAAGGAGGCUCCUGGCAUAUUGAAGGGCAACUGAAUGAACAUAUCUGUGCUACGGCCAUCUACUAUUAUGAUAGCGAGAAUAUCUCACAGAGCACUCUCGCGUUCCGUCAACGGGCAAGCUCGGACAAGAUCGAGGACAUUCACUACGAACAAUCCCGGCAUGAGUUUCUGCAACAGGUCUUUGGCUUUGGGCCUGACGUGGAUGGUUCCAAUGAGUGCAACAUCACGCAGCUGCUAGGCAGUGUCGAGACGCGCCAGGGACGUCUUCUCACCUUUCCGAAUAUCCUCCAACAUCGCGUGGCGCCGUUCUCACUGGCGGACCGGUCCAAACCGGGCCAUCGCAAGAUCCUCGCAUUUUUCCUCGUCGAUCCGCAUCUAUCUAUCAUUUCCUCCGCGAAUGUGCCACCUCAGCAAGAGGACUGGUGGAGAGAGCGGCAGGAGCUCGUUGGCUGUUUGCUCGGGGAUAGGCUGCCUCCGGAACUGCAGGACAUAGUAAAGGGCGAGUUCCAUGCUAUUCCCAUCACGAUGGAGGAGGCCCAGCAUUACCGAAAGAAGCUGAUGGAGGAACGUUCGACCAGGUUGGAGGAGCAGAACGAGAAAUUCGAGAUGGACAGCUUUAACUUGUGUGAACAUUGA